AUGGACACCAUCAUGGAUAACCGCAUUUCUCCAUAUGCUGCUACUAAUAUCUUGCUCGCUCUCAUCACAAGACUCAUCGCCCCUGCAUCAACAAUAUUGCUCCUCGCAUACAUCGCUUAUUAUGGAUUUCUGUCGCCCCUUUCUGGCAUCCCUGGACCAUUCAUCGCACGUUUCACGAGACUGUGGCUCGCAUAUCAUGGAUGGAAAGGGGAUUUCCAUAUAGUUUUGACCGAGGUGCAUGAAAAAUACGGGACGACGGUGCGUGUAGGGCCUGAUGAAGUUCUUACCUUGUCUCCUGAUGCUAUCAAGAAGAUUUAUGGUGCGGGAUCUCUGUUCAACAAGAGUGACUUCUAUGCGCCGCUAAAAGGUACACGGACAUGGGAUCUGUUUGCAGAAGGAGACUCCAUUGUUCAUCGGAAUAAUCGUCGAUCGGUAAAUCACGUUUAUGCAACUUCGUCACUGAUUGAUCUGGAGCCGUAUGUCGACAGUGCAAUCCAACAUUUCGUGAGCAUCUUGCGAACAAAAGAAGGAAAAUCAUUCGAUUUUGACGUAAUCGGAGAAGUGACGUUCUCCCAGCGUUUCGGACUCAUGGAGACAGGAGAGGAGUCUGAGUCAUUGAAAAUCAUCAAAAGAGCUGCAAGAUCUGGCUCCUGGGUCGGUCACAUCCCCUGGGUGUAUCGAAUCCAUCAGAGAUUGAGCCCCUUGAUUGGCAACCAUCUUGCAUUGAAUGCAAGGAGCGGAGCCAUACGUGACUUCACCCUGCAGCAAGCACAAUCCCGAAUCAAGAGAGGAAGUGAUCAUCGAGACAUGUUGAGCAAACUGAUCGAGUUGCAUGGACAAAACCCAGCAGAGGUGGACAACACGGUAGUGAUCUCGAUGGCAACCAGUAAUGUUUUUGCUGGUAGCGAUACAACUGCGGUUGCACUACGAUCGAUAUUCUAUCACCUUCUUAAAAAUCUCGGAUGUCUGAAGAAAUUGCUGAACGAAAUAAACGAUGUGGUUGGAGACAUAGAUAUCGACAAACCGGUGACUUAUGAGCAGGCUAACAAAAUGCCUUAUUUACAAGCAGUCAUGAAUGAAGCUAAUCGCAUCCAUCCUGUCGUUGCUCAAAGUUUACCUCGGAUCGUCCCUGAAGGAGGUUUGCAGGUUGAAGGGCAUUCUUUACCAGCAGGGACAAUUAUUGGUAGCUCUCCCUAUGUCCUUGGCCGUUCUGAGCAUAUAUAUGGCCAGGACGCGAAGAUGUUCCGUCCUGAGAGGUGGUUGGAAGGUGAUCGAAGCCAGCUAUUAAGUGGAUUUUUAGCAUUUGGAGGGACCUCGCGGAUGUGCUUGGGAAAGAAUCUUGUUUGGAUCGAAGUGUCCAAGGUAGUUCCGACAAUAUUGAGGAACUUUGUGAUCAAUUUUGCCGAUACCGAUGUCGAGUGGAAAUUGCAGAGCUAG